ACUCCGUAGAAUUCCAGGAGUUUGUGUGGGCUCUCUCUGCUCCCCCUUCUUUCCGCUGGGAAAGAAGAAAAUAAACCUAUUGCUGCUAACCAGGCUAGUUAUGGAACCAACCCCCAAAUACACAUUUUGCCCUCUGUGACUGGCCGAGAGGUGCUUUCCAUGCAAGCAGCGUCUCUAUCGGGUAGGAAAGCACUGGAAACGUAUGCACUUUCGGACUGUCUCUUUUUUUAAAGUCACGUUAAAGACGCCAGCCUUGUAGAAGAUUUCAUUAGCUAGCCUACCUGCGAGUUAGCUAACUGGGCUAACCAUAGCGCUGGACGAACUUCGCAUGGGCUGACUGCUGCGACUGGGAGAGUAGCCUGCUGUCUGGCUGCAAGCUUUCUUUGGGGCUGGAUUUCCUUCACAUAGGAGUCUCCUGUUAUUUAAUGGAGCUCAAAGGCGAUAACUGUGUGCAAAUGUUGUGUUUGUGGCGUACGCCAUCACGUUAUUGAUUUGAAAAAAAAAAAAACACUGGCAAGCUAACAGGAUAUUAGCCACCUUUCUCGACACUCCGCGUUGUGGUUGCAGGCCAUGGACUUAAAAACGCAGUGUUCUAUGACUGGGUGAUGAGAAGGCUGACUUGAUGGCAGCUCAUUAUUUAUUGGAAAGCAACAAUUGGAUACAACUAAACAGACAAAAGAAGCGUUUGAUUUGAACCUUGUUCCCGAACAAUUCAAUCCUCUGUUUGGUCUAUGCACUUGAAAAUGCAUCAACGUGCUGGAGCUCUUUCAAAGUUGGAAUAGAAGGGGACGCUCAAGAACAUAGCAGUUAACGUUACUCUACUGUUACUGAUCCAAAUCUAAAUCUGAAAAGUUAGGGAAAUAUAAUGUCUGCCGCGAAAGAAAACCCCUGUAGGAAAUUCCAGGCGAACUUCUUCAACAAAAGUAAAUGUCAGAACUGCUUCAAACCACGAGAGCUGCAUCUAUUGACGGAUCAGGACUUGACCCAGGCUAAACCUAUAUAUGGUGGAUGGCUGUGCUUGGCCCCUGAGGGAACUGACUUUGACAAUCCUAUGCAGAGAUCCCGGAAAUGGCAGAGGAGAUUCUUUGUGCUGUACGAACAUGGCUGUCUGCGCUUUGCCUUGGACGAAUCGCCAAGCACGCUGCCUCAGGGCACAGUGAACAUGAACAUCUGCACAGACGUCAUCGACGCAGAGCCCAAGACUGGUCAGAAGAACUCCCUGUGUAUCAUCACCCCGGACCAGGAGUACUUCAUCAGAGGAGAGAAUAAAGAGAUCAUCAAUGGGUGGAGUGAACAGCUGGUGGUAUACCCCCGAACUAACAAACAGAACCAGAAGAAGAAACGCAAGGUAGAGCCUACGACCUCCCAGGAACCAGGUCCAGCCAAGGUAGCAGUGACCGGCACUGGUAUCCCAGAGGCAGAGAAGGUUCCAGACUCAAGCUCCAUUAUCUGGCAGGAGGAGCUGAACCAGAGAGAGGCUGAGGGGGCUGCAGUCUGGGCCCCUGACCUGCCUCCUGGAUCACCGAUGCCCCCCACAGUUGACUUUAAACCACAGGGCUCUGAUGCCGGCUCACUGAAUGGCGACGAUGUGGACCGGGGCGGCCUGGCGCUGCACGGAUCUGCACCUCAGCCCCCCAAUGACCUGCUUUCCCCAACAGGCUCAUGCUCAAGUCUGGGUGGUGUCCCGCGCUGCCUCUCCCCAGCCCCCAGCGACCCCUUCCCCUCCGGAAGCUCACUGCUCUCUAACGGCUCACACAUCAGCGGCUCGGUCAGCUCUCUAGACUCGGACGCCAGCGGCAGCACUGUGACCAGCACCGACAGCCACCCGGCCAACCAUAGGGGCGGCCACUCCUACAGCCACCAUGACACUACGCGAUCCCGAAGGCUGGAGGCAGAGGCCAGAAAGGCCGAGAAGAGGAGCAGGUUCAGGAGCCCUGAAAGGCAGGAGAGGGAGGCCUUCCUCAGCCCUGAGAGGAGUCGCUCUGGUGUUAUUGAGAAGUUGGAGGCCUUGGAGCUGGAGAAUCCAGAGAUAAUGGAGGUGGAAGAGUCGAGAAGGACUGGAGCCAGACAGGGCCGAAGUGAGCACAGAUGCUUCCACAGAGAGGAGAAGAGGCAUGACGUGGGUCAAGGUCUGGAUUUUCCCUCCACCCUGCCGCCCCUGAGGAGAGCCAAGUCCCUGGACAGAAGGACCACUGAUUCGGUCAUGACGCCGGAUUUACUGAACUUCAAGAAAGGUUGGAUGGUGAAGCUGGAUGAGCAAAGCCAGUGGAAGAAAUACUGGUUUGUUUUGACGGAUCACAGCCUGAGAUACUACAAGGAUUCCAUUGCAGAGGAGGCCUCUGACCUGGAUGGGGAGAUUGGCUUGUCUACUUGCUAUAGUGUAACUGAAUACCAGGCUCAACGUAACUAUGGUUUCCAAAUACAUACCCAGGAGGGAGCGCACACUCUGUCGGCCAUGACAGCAGGUAUACGCAGGAACUGGAUCCAGGCCAUCAUGAAGAACGUCAGACCCUCCACUGCCCCGGAUGUGGCAAGCUCAACUGAGGAUCACGGCUCCUUCUCUCUUUUGGAGGGUCUAGUUAGGCCAGACGUUACCCAGGACUCUCCCUCCUCUUCGGCUUCAUCUGUGGACAGAGAAUCCACUCCCGCUGUCACAAAGAGCAGGGCGCGUGAACGCAGAAGAGAAGGCCGCUCUAAGACCUUUGACUGGGCCGAGUUCAGACCCAUUGCUCAGGCAUUGGCUCAGCAGCGGGCCCAAGAGGCCGAGAGCCUCCAGGCAGACCUGGGUGAGCUGGAGCGCAGUCAGAGAAGAGAGGAGAGGCGGAAGAGGUAUGAGUCUGUGACUAGCUCUUCAACAGAGCAAACUGCGGUAAAAGAAGGGGGGGGGGAGCACUGUGGUAGUGGAGAGCUAGUCAGACAAACCGAUUCAUUAGGUCCCACGUCUGUGGUGAGGCAGCAGAAAGUGGAGGAGGUGAUUGAACAACACUGGCAACAAGUGGAGAAGACACCCAUACGGGAGGAGAGGAGAGUGCCUCUGCCAUCCACUCUGCAAUCCAGAGAUACUGUGGAGCUGGAGCAGCUACUGGAGAAUUACAAGGAAGGGAUACAGGACCUGAAGUCACAGCUGGAGAGCUGUCACCAGCAGCUCCUUGACUCAAACAAGCACAGGCAGGAACUGGAGCUCCAGCUGAGAAUGGCUCCGGACGUCCGAACAGGUUACAUCUCUCCGCUGGAGCCCCCUUUGGGUCUGGAGGCUGAUGUGACGCCCCAGACGAAGAGGCCUGAACUGGUUAGUUCUCAAGCACUGAGUUUAACAAAGAAGUACCGGGAGACCAAAGAGCUCCUGGAGCUGCAAGAGCUGAAAAAGCGUAACAUGCAGGCACAGCUUGGCCUCUCGCUUUCUCACCUACCCAUCAAGGAACCUUACUUUUAUGAACCCCCAAAACCAUCCAUUGUGGAAGGCCCUCCCCCUGAAGUUGUUCAAAAAACAGUUAGCUUCUUGUUGCAGGACAGCACAGAGGCAAUUCAAGAACUAGAAGAUUUGUUAGCUGGUAAACCUCUGUCCCUAACGGAGCUGGCAAAAUUGUUGAGAUUCCAUAGCUGUAAUCAAGAGACAGCAGAGACGCAUCAACUUUAUAAGCUCCUGGAGAGCUGGAAGUACCAGCAGGAGAUAGAAACAUUAAAGAAGAGUUUAACCAGGGCAGGAGAAAGCAUCCGUGAGUACGAAGCCCGUCUUCUUACAAUGGAGGAUUUGGUGGGGAAGGUUCAGAAGCCAAGUUUUGAAAGCCCUAAAGGCCCCUAUGGCCCCCUCUCAGAAAUUGACAACCAUUCAGAGACAAAUGAGAUGACAAAUGGGAUGCUCGCUCAGAGGAUAGAACUUUUGACUAGUGAAAACGUGGCAUUGAAACAACGGUGUCAGGAGAUAGUUAAUCAGCUGACUGAGGCUGACAGAGAGAUUGACAGACUGAAAGUGGAACUGAUCGGUGAGCAUGGCGGAAAACAGCAUCGCCUGGUCCUGGAAGAGCUGAAAAGACUGAAGGCUGAAUUGGCUGAAAACCAGGCAAACACUUUAGACAGAGAGUAUUACGAGAGGGAGCUGAAUGAAAAAUCCUUGAGGCUUCAUGAAGCUCUGAUUACGUUGGAGGAGCUUGACAUAACCCUAAAAGACACUGAGAAAAAGCUGCAGUUGAAAGAGGCCAAAUUAAAAAGUCUGGGCUUCCAAGCUGAUUAUGAGGAAGAUGAUUUACACCAGAGAGAGCAAAACAAAGAGCUCCCCCAAGCCUCAAAAGCAAAGUUAUUUGAGAUGGAGGCAAACCUUCAGCCUACAGAGCAGCGCUGUUUGGAACUUGAAGCCAGAAAUAGGGAACUACUCACACUAAACCAUGAAUCUCAGAAAGUCAGUAGAGAGAAGCUAAGAGAAGCAGAAAACAAAAUAAGAAUGCUACAAGAGAAGACAGGUAGAGUUGAAAAGACAAUUAGUGAGUGCGUUGAGGCAGGAGAAACGCAGGUUGAUGAUAAAGGACUCAUAAAGCAAGUAGUUGAAGAGAUUGAGAUGAAGUCAGAGGCGAUUCAUCAGGUUUUAGAGAUGUUAGCAGAGGUAGAUGUUAGUGUAGAGAAAACGCUCUGUGAGUUAAAAAGCACUUUAUUUGGUUAUUCAAAAGAAGAGCCACUCUGUGUGAAUCAGAAAGACAUGAGGUUGGUAGUAGAGGCAGAGUUCUGGAGCCAGCUGCUGGGUUCCUCUGAAAUCCAACCAGAAGAGAACACAAACAACUGUGAAAGAGGUGUGGUAAAACAGAUGAUGGCACGGAAGUGCUUGAUGCUCCUGACUAGAAGGAUUUGUCCACAAGCAAAAGCUGAGAGUGAGCUAGUGACAGAGACAGAUUUUGCAGCCAUGUACAGAUGGCUUGAUAAUGAAACACAUGCUCUGAUUCUUAAAGAGUUAACAGAGACCUUGGAAGCCAAGUCAAAUGUUUUAAAGCAGAUAGCAUCCAAUGUGAGAUUGGCCAAAGAUAACCAGCUUGUGUCUUUGGCUAUAACAAGCUUUGAUUUUGAUGGAGAACAGAAAGAGUCCUCUCAACAUCUGUUUGAUGCUCUAACUGAAGCCCAAAUGUUUUAUGUGAUCACUAGGCUGAAAGUCCAACAUCAGAAAGAAUUGAAGCAAAAGCAGACAGAGGUACAGAUUGGUAGUUUUGAUUGUCUAAAUUGUCCUAAAUUGAGAGAGGCCACCAGAGACCUGGAGUCCAAACUGGCAGAUCUUCAGGGUCAACUAUCUGAGGCUUAUUUGAAAAGCGCCGCAGGGCCACAAACAUUGGUCCAGAUCGAAGGACAGCCCAUAGACUCACUGGACAAAUUCAUUAAGCUUCAUGACAUGAUAGCCAGGCAUAGGAAGGAACUAGGAGAGGUUAAAGACUGCUACGAGCAGGAAGCUGAAAUGCUGAAGAAUGAAAUCGCUAAGGCCGGUGAGACACUGCGUCUUCGUUCAGAAGAAAAUGUGAAAGAGAUCGACUCUCUGACUGACUGCAUGGAGAACCUGGAGAAGAAGCAUGAGACGGAGAGGACAAACCUCAUGGAGAGGUUUGACCAGGAAAUGGAAGCGCUGAAAAGCAUGAUGAGACCGGCAAGCCCAGACGAGGACACACCGCCGCAUCAUGCCUCGGCCCAAAUUCCCACUCUGAAGGAACGCAUUCAAGAGCUGGUCACCCAGGUCUCAGUCAUGACCCAGGAGACAAGACGCCGCCGAGAACAGGGAGACAUUACGACUCUGCGGCUGAAAUACGAGAAAGACCUGGAACACCUGAAGGCCACCUGUGAGAGGGGCUUUGCUGCCAUGGAAGAGUCCCAUCAGAAGGUAAUAGAUGAGCUGCAGAGGAAACACCAGAGAGAGCUGGAGAACCUGCAGGAGGAGAAGGAGCGACUGCUGGCAGAGGAGACCGCAGCCACCAUCUCUGCAAUUGAAGCGAUGAAGAACGCCCACCGGACAGAGUUGGAGAAGGAGCUGGACAAAGCUCGCAAGGCCAACAACAACACCGAAAACGCCGACAUAGAGGAGAUUCGCAGACAGCAUGAGGAGGAGCUGUGUUCUUUCCAGCGGGAGAUCGAGGUGUUGUCCGAGCAGUAUUCCCAGAAGUGUCUGGAAAACGCCCACCUGGCCCAGGCGCUUGAGGCCGAGAGGCAAGCCCUCAGGCAGUGUCAGAGAGAGAACCAAGAGCUCAACGCACACAACCAGGAGCUGAACAAUCGCCUGGCAGCAGAGAUCACCAAGAUGCGCUCUAUGACAUCAGUGGACGGAGCGGGAGACACAAACACCACAAUACACGGGAAAGAGCUCUACGAGCUAGAAGUGAUGCUAAGGGUGAAGGAGUCCGAGGUCCAGUACCUGAAGCAGGAAAUCAACUCCCUGAAAGAGGAACUCCAAGCUGCCCAAAGAGACAAGAAAUAUGCCACAGAUAAGUACAAGGACAUCUACACAGAGCUGAGCAUUGUCAAGGCCAAAGCAGAGCGGGAUCUGGGCCGGCUCAGAGAUCAGCUGCAGCUGGCUCAUGAGGCUCUUGGGGAGCCGUCGCUGGAGGAAGGGGAGCGAGGAGGAUAUGAUAUCAUGAAGUCCAAAAGCAACCCUGACAUCCUCAAGAUGGCAGCUGCUGCAGCCAAACGCUCAGAGCGCACCAUGAGGUCAAAGAGUCUAAAGGAAGGGCUGACAGCUGAACAGAGACUCCACCUGUUUGAAAAUAAAGACACUAAGGAGUUCUGACAGUGACUCAUCAUGUCCACUGACCUUGCUGCAUGUUAAGAGGCCCACUAUAUUUUAGCUCUGUAAUUACUUAUUUAGUAACACUACACACUGGUCACAAAACACAGAUCAUAUAUUAUUAAAGAAACAUGUUAUGAAGUUUGAAUCUCAUGCCUAGAUUUUGCAUUCCAUGCACUUCAGUUAACUGUGACAUUUUUGGUAUUGUUUAUUUUUUGCUGUCAUGUCUUCCUGUAAAUACUGUUUUUAAUUGAGCAUCUGUUCUGCGUACACUAAUUCUAUGAUUGUGUAAGCUACUGUUUUAACUCCCUAUUUUGUUGCUAGCCAAAGGCAUAGUGGUGAUGCUGCGGCUAAACACAACUACUUAUUGGUGAGUAAUACUUGCAUAACAAAUGCAGAGACAUGAGUGUGGCGUUCAGGUCUGCACGUUAACGCUCCACCACUCCAUCAUCAUCAUUCCGGUACAGAUGGAAGUGUUGUUCAGUAAACAAGCUUUGGAACUAGCUUCUAAAUUUAACAUCAUGGAUGUCCACUUCAAUCCUUGGAUCAAUCUAUCUAUAUCUAUAUGUGUAUAUAUGUGUGUGUGUAUAUAUAUAU